AUGUAUUCUACACCUUUGAAAAGUAGGGUAGACUACAAUAGCGGUCCAUUUUCCGGUUUGUCCCGGUUGGUUUCGGGAAACAACGGUAAUACUCGAGACAGCAGUGGUGAAAAAGGUGAUGGCGUAAACACUUUGGACUCGCAGAAGGAUAAUAACGUACAAGGAGUUAAUUCGGAUAGCUCUUUGCCUUUGGGUGCCUCUCUUUUAAUGCCGGCGGGGAGUUUAGCGCCUGAUUUAUCCGCUGUUGAUGAACAUUUAAGGGUCACCAAUCUUGGGGGUUCGAAACCACUGGAGUUAGCGAGUCAGUACAUCGACCAUUUGGAGCGUCGAGAUGCUAAUUCACCCGUUCUAGAUGAGCGUUCGUACUAUAACAAUGGCGUGAAUUAUAAUUUCAGCAAAGAGGUAGGUGGAUUGGGAGCAUUUACGCCCUUUGAGAGACAGCAAGUUAUCAAUAUACCAGAUGAAAUCUUAAGGGAGGCGUCAAAAAGCGAGAUCAAGAGUGAUAUGGGUAUCUUUCCAGAAUUGGGUCGGUGUUGGAUCACCAUUGACAAUAAAUUAAUUCUUUGGAAUCUUAAAGACAGUACAGAUUAUCAAUCGAUAGACGAAAUUAAGCAUACAAUUUUGAAAGUGGCUUUGGUCAAGCCGAAGAAAGAUAUGUUUGUGGAUUAUGUUAAUCACCUUCUUCUGAUUGCCACACCAUUCGACAUCUACCUCUUGGCUGUGUCGCAUAACGAGGAGACGCGAGAACUAAGUGUUUUCAAUGCAGGUCUCAGUGUCUCGGUUCAUGGCUUGGAUGUUAGCCAAAUUACAUGCUAUGACAAAACAGGUCAAAUUUUUUUUGCUGGUAGGACAAGCGGGCAGAACGUUUGGGGACUGCAGUAUUCGGGCUCCGAUGACUGGUUCAAUAGCAAGUGUAACAAAGUAUGCCUGACGCAAUCCGCCUGGUCUAGCCUUCUACCGGCAAAUUUGGUUUCCAAACUACCAGGUAGUGGGUAUAUUCGGUCGUUCUUUGAAGAGGAUUCUAAAUAUGCACAGGAAACAGUUGUACAAUUGAAAAUUGAUCAAUCUCGAGGUAUAGUUUAUACACUGUCGUCGAAAUCAAAUAUCAGAGCGUAUUUGAUCAAUGGUAACCACUUGGAAAAUCCCAUGAGCAUUGAACCAGCCUACAUAAGAAGAAUAAUGGGUACUACCACAGCGAGAGGGGCCGCUAUUUUGGGGCCCAAGUUCCUAAAAAUUUCCCAAAUUGUACCAGUAUCACGACAGGAGAAUCAUAAUCUGUUUUUAGUAGCAAUAACAGUUGGUGGCGUACGUCUCAACUUUAACGGUUCGAUAGGCAGAUCGGGAAUCGAAGCUUUAAGGCUCGAAUCAAUAAAGUUUCCUCCCAGUUCUGUUACUCCGGAGGUAAUACGUCAGGAACUACAAAAUCAGCAAUUAGAACAACAGAAAAAAGGACUGAGGUUUUAUUCUAAUCUGAAUUACUCGGAAUCCGUACAUCUGAAGUUUCAAAAGAAAUCCUCUGUGUUUCUGGAAACUACCAGUGCGAGCACGAUAAUUUCGCCAGGAAUAUUCUUUUCUGCAGUGAGAAAGUCCACUUCACCACAGGAUAGCAAACAAACUACAGAUUCCAAGGUAUCCCAAUCCAACAAUCAAGCAGUGCAGCACAAGCUUUUUGUGAGUGUCCCCGAUUAUGGUGUCUUGAAGAACCACGGCAAGUACGUGGAGAACGCCACUCUACUAGAUAGCACUGGGAACAUCAAGGAAAUUGUCCUUUUAACUCCUACUUUCAAUGCAACUCAAACGCCCGAAGGGUAUGCGAACGAAUUUGCUACACAAUACAGUUCUGAGAAUUUGAAAGUAGCCGUCCUGACGAACAGUGCAGUGGAGAUAUACAGAUAUCGUACGCCCGAUGAAGUUUUCGAAGCUCUAGUGGACAACCCGCUACCGUUUUUGAUCAAUUAUGGAGUACCUGAAGCGUGCUCGACAGCGCUGUUCGUGACUUGCAAGCUGAAUAAAUCAGAAAUGCUACGAUCUGCUGCGCUAACUUUCUUCACUGUUGGUAUUCCUGGUAUUGUUGACAUAAAACCAAGGUAUAACAAGUACAUGGUUUCCACGGUUUCAUCUUUCUUUGAUAAGCCUUCUUUUGACGCAACGCCCAAGAAAUCUCUUCAUACAACUCCAUCAGGUGGUGCUAUCUCGAUGCCUGACUCCAAGGCAAGUUUCAGUCUUGACGAUGUUACACUUUCUGCGCGGUUCUACGGUAUAGCGCUUUUAAUUACCAGACUUUUGAGGGAUAUUUGGAGUAAACAGAUUUUUGUUACCUACCGCCCUGAACGUUUCAAUUCAAAGGUUAAAGAAGGCUCUAGCGAAGGUGGUACUAUUGCUGGAAUGUCUGUUUCCAAGGCAGACGUUGAAUACUACCUAUCCUCGAUUGCAAUCCUGAAUGAAUUUUUCAAUAUGUACGGUAACUCACUGACUGUGGUCUAUCCGUCUAUAAUAUCGGGCAGUGAUAUCAGUGGAAAGCCUAUCGAUAAAUCAGAAGAAGUCGCUAAUCAGGCGGAAAAUAUAGCAAUUAACUCCAUGAUGAAGCUUGUUCAGUCUAUCAUGGAAGCACUCUCAUUCCUGAACGUUCUUUAUGAAGAAAGUGAAGUGGAGGGGUUCGAGCAACAAUACGUGGCUUUCAAGGAUAUUAUUAAAUCUUUGAGCCCUGAGAUUCAGGUCGAUCUGACAAAACUGAAAUUCAAGGAUUUGUUUGCUCCAAACGAGCAUACCAAAGUCCUAGUAAGAGAAAUUUUAUCAUCGAUCAUCAACAGGAACAUAACGAGGGGUGCAUCAAUAGAGUAUACCGCCACUGCUUUGCAAGAGCGCUGUGGUUCUUUUUGCUCGAGCAGCGAUAUAUUAGGCUUCAGAGCUAUAGAGCACUUGAGAAAAGCGAAGGAAAUUGGGUUGCGGGACUAUGAAACAUUAAAAUAUCAUCUUAACAACGCAAUCAAACUGUUCGAGCGAAUAGUUGAUGACCUUUCUUUCGAUAAAUUGAAGGAAGCUGUUUCCAUCAUGUUAGAGCUGAAUUAUUUUCCUAAGACAAUCGGCUUCCUUCUAAACAUUGCUAACUCUGUAGACAAGGCGAAGCUUGCCUACCAAUAUGUCGCCGAUGGUAGUUUAGAGCAUGAUGGGAGGAAAGUGUAUUACGACAAGCGUGUGCUCAUUUAUGACUUGGUUUUUGAGACUCUUGUCAUGGUUGACAACCUGGCCGCGCGAGGUCCUUCUAAUGGGACAGCUAAUAUACCAGUUCCUAAUGACAUAUCAAGUUUACGCGAGGAAAGUUACUCAGUGGCAUUGAAAUACAAUGACAAACUAUUCCACUAUAAACUAUACGAUUGGCUGGCAUCUCAGAAAUGCGAGGAGAAGCUUCUGGAAUUAGAUACUGAAUUCAUUCUACCGAACCUACAAGAGCAAUCAAAAUCCUCCCUCGAGCUUUCCAACUUACUGUGGGUCUAUCUAUCAAGGAGAUCUAAGUAUUUCGAAGCUGCCGAGAUACUGUAUUCUUUGGCAAAUUCUGAUUUCGAAUUGAAUUUGGGAGAAAGAAUAGAGUAUUUAUCGAGAGCAAAUGGGUUCUGCAACGGCGUGUGCAACCCUAGUCAUAAACAGCGAAUGGUUGAACUUUCGACCAUGAUUCAAGAGAUUUUUGAUGUCGCAGCUGUACAGGAUGAUCUGCUAUCUCUGGUAACUACUGAUCAAAGGAUCGAAUCAAACACAAAGCAAGAUUUGAUAAAGCAGUUAGAUGGUAAAGUUCUGCCAGUGAGUGAUUUGUUCAACGAUUUUGCUGUUCCACUGGGUUACCAUGAAAUUUGUUUGGUCAUUUUUAAAGUCUCAGACUUCAGGAACCAAGAAGAGAUCAAAGCUAAAUGGGAUGAACUAUUCGAGUCCUUAAAAAAAGAACUCAGCGACAGUCAGAGUCUGGAGGACUCUAUUAACUUUAUCAACUUAUUAUCGAACGUGGUUAUCAAAGUUGGGAAGCAAGUUCACAGCUCAGAAUUCGUUUUCCCAAUUUCAGACUUAUUUUCCACCAUUUGUACUUUAUUUUAUGAAGCCCUUCCGCAUGAGCACAUCGAAAGGGGCUCCAUUGCAUCCAUUUUUCUGUCGGCCGGUGUCUCGUAUGGCAAGCUGUACUACAUUCUGAAAGAUCUGAUAGAAACCUCAGAUUCUCCCAAUGCAUUGUUUACCGCGGAGAUGACGUGGUUAAUUAAAGAGUGGUACAAGAAUGACAGAAAACUAAGAGAUAUCAUCACGUAUGAUGAAGUCUCGAGUCUGGACCAGUACAGCAUCCAGUCCGAUCCAAUCGAACAAUACACCCGGAGAACGGGCAACUGCGUUUAA